UUAUCCAAGAUCAGCAGCAUUGUUUUUUCGUGGUUUUGUGGCUUUUUAUCAAUUUUAUCACAGAAAAUAACCAUUUCCCACGCUAGAUUUUGCUCAUAACUGAUACAUCUCAAUUGAGGACUGACAUUGGAUUGUUCUUGUCGGGAAAAUGACUUUCGUUGAUCUUUCCGCUGACGGUGGCGUCCAGAAGCAGAUUCUCCAAGAGGGAACUGGCGUAGAAACUCCUUCGAGUGGGUGUACUGUUUCGCUACAUUAUACCGGAACGCUAGAUUCGGACGGAAAGCAGUUCGACUCUAGCAGAGACAGGAAUGAACCCUUUGAGUUCAAACUCAACCAGGGCUCGGUGAUCAAAGCGUUCGAUAUGGGAGUGGCCACCAUGAAACUGGGUGAGCGGUGUGUACUGAAAUGCGCCCCGGAGUACGCCUAUGGAGCUUCCGGCAGCCCUCCGAACAUUCCGCCCAACUCGACGUUGAAUUUCGAGCUGGAAAUGCUCGGUUGGAAAGGUGAGGACUUGAGUCCCAAAUCGGAUCUAGGCAUCGAACGUUUCGUUCAAAAAGUCGGUGAGGGCAAGAGAACACCGAACGAUGGAGCAUUUGUAAAGAUUCAUUUAGUCGGGCAGCAUGAAGGCAAGGUGUUUGAAGAUCGUGACGUGGAAUUCACAAUUGGAGAGGGUGAGGAAGUGGGCGUUGUUUUUGGUGUGGAGAUAGCAUUGGAAAAGUUUAAAAAGGCGGAAACGUCCAAGCUUAUUCUAAAGCCCCAGUUUGCCUUUGGUGCAGACGGAAAGGCCGAUUUGGGAGUGCCCGCUAAUGCAACGGUCGAGUACAUCGUGACACUGAAGGAGUUCGAGCGGGAACCAGACAGCUGGAAUCUAGACGAUGCCGAACGAAUGGAACAAGCCAAACUGUUUAAAGAGAAGGGAACCAGCUAUUUCAAGGAGAAUAAGUUCAAGUUAGCAUUGAAGAUGUACGAGAAAUCGCUUGGUUUCCUGUCGAGCAGCGAUUCUGAAGAAUCGAAACAGUCCAAACUGACUGUUUACUUGAACAAAGCAUUGUGUCAUCAGAAGUUGAACGAACAAGAUGAAGCGAAGGAUGCUUGCAACGAAGCUUUGAACAUCGAUAGUAAGAAUGUGAAGGCUUUGUACAGACGUGGUCAGUCCAGAUUAUCGUUAGGAGACUUAGAAAAAGCACUGGAAGACUUCACUGCAGUGCGUGAAAUCGAACCAGAAAAUAAGGCUGCCCUUAAUCAGGUCACGAUCUGCAAGCAAAAAAUCAAAAACUACAACGAACAACAGAAGAAGGUCUUUGCCAACAUGUUUACCAAGUUCGCAAAGAGUGACAAACAGCGCGAGGAGGAGUGGCAAAGCAAACAACCGGACGUGAUGAAGGCAAACUUUGGCGAGUGGCGUGACGAUGAACGGGAGCACGAACCGACCCGUUUCGAGCAGGAAAAUCCGGAUGUAAUCAUGCUGAGCGAAUCGCUGAAGGACUUUAGAAACAUGUAAAUUUAAUAACGACGAGGGCCUCCUGUUUAGUAAGAUUUUCUAGAUUCCAUUCCUCGGAAAAACCGACGACGCGAUGCAGAUUUCAGAUCAGAUUUAGUCGGCUUCAAUGCAUCUUAAUGUAGCAUUAGUUGUUAUUAUAACUCGAAGAAUUUUGCCCCUUCCGGAAACAAUACAAAUUAAUGAUUAGUAUGUACAAUACAAGCGCAACGCAUUUUGUCAACUGAAAUACAAUACUGAAGUAAGCUUUGAA